AUGUUUGCCGCCCUUCGUCUCGGACGCCAGUUGGCUCUGAGAGCACCUCCGAGGCCCUCGUCCACAGCUGGGCCCUCCAGAAUACUACUUCAAUCACAACUCACCCUUCCCCGCUCUUUCCACGCGACUCCGCCUGCAUUUGUGACUCUCAACCAGUCCUCGAAACGCAAGCGCAACGCGCGUCGUGUCGCCAAGUCCAAGUCGCCUCUUCUCAAUAACUCGCCUCAGCGAAAAGGCGUCUGCAUUCAGGUGUUUACCGCCAAGCCCAAAAAGCCAAACUCGGGCAAGCGUAAAGUUGCUCGAGUAAAGCUUUCGACGGGGAAAACAUGCCAGGCGUAUAUCUCUGGCGAGGGGCAUAACUUGCAAGAGCACAGCGUCGUACUGGUCAGAGGAGGGAAGGCGCAACUAUCGCAUUCACACCGUCGCCAGAAACACAAGCCCAUCAGUCCCUUCCUUGUGGUCAAGUGUUUAUGCUCCCAAGAAAGCUUGUCUCGUCACACCCUUUUGCCUGCAGUCACCAUCCAGUUGUACCAACUGCCACAGCCUUUCCCCCCUCCCAGCGAGAUUCAUAAACGAGGUGGCCAAUAA